AAAAUCCAACCAGAGGGGCUUUAAAUUUAAAAGAACAAGAAAAAGGGAAAAGGAAGGAUUUCUGGUUCGCCUCCGGCCGCUUCAUCCUCACGCAGCUCUCGCCUCGCCGUCGCCGCCGCCGCCGCCCCGCCACUCGAGCGAAGAGAGGAUGCAGAUCUUCGUGAAGACCCUGACGGGGAAGACCAUCACCCUCGAGGUGGAGAGCAGCGACACCAUCGACAACGUCAAGGCCAAAAUCCAGGACAAGGAGGGGAUCCCUCCAGAUCAGCAGCGUUUGAUAUUCGCUGGCAAGCAGUUGGAGGAUGGACGCACACUGGCUGACUACAACAUUCAGAAGGAGUCAACUCUUCACUUGGUCCUCAGGCUCAGGGGUGGCACUAUGAUCAAGGUUAAGACCCUCACUGGGAAAGAGAUUGAAAUUGACAUCGAGCCCACUGACACGAUCGACAGGAUCAAGGAGCGUGUCGAGGAGAAAGAAGGCAUUCCUCCCGUGCAGCAAAGGCUCAUCUAUGCUGGUAAGCAGCUUGCCGACGACAAGACUGCAAAGGACUACAACAUCGAAGGUGGCUCUGUCCUUCAUCUCGUCCUUGCUCUGAGGGGUGGUCAUUAGUAAACCUAAUCUGCUACUUAGCCCAGUGCUUUCAAAUGGCUGAGAAAAGUUACUCUUGUUGGCAUGGAACUUAUGAAGAGAUAAUAACAUACUGCCUUUGCACAUUUGCCUAGUGGGAGAGGUUGUCUUCCAUGUUAUUAUCUUAAUAUGAUUUGACGGCGUUAUUCCAGAUUCGUCAGCCUCUACUGAUG